AUGAUCUACACGACCAUUGACUCCUUCUAUCUGACCAAGGACCAGAUAGAUGACUCGCCGUCGCGCAAGGAAGGAGUGGACAAGGAAACGGAGUAUGUCCUCCGUGUAUACGGCUGCGAGCUUAUUCAGGAGUCCGGAAUUCUCUUAAAACUCUGCGUGUGGCUCGCGUCGAAGCUGGAGGAGAAUCCUCGGCGGAUUCGUGACGUGCUCAACGUCUUCCACCGGAUUAACUUAAGGCGUGACAACCUCCCGUUAGUUCCCCUAGAGCAGUUCUCAAAGGCUAAUAGAAUUACACUUACUGUACUCCUUCAGAACUAUGAGGACUUGCGCACGGAGCUGAUACGAACGGAAAGACACAUUCUGAAGGAGAUGGGGUUCAUCUGCCACGUGGAGCAUCCCCACAAGUUCAUUUUCAACUACCUGCGACAGCUCGACGUGCUCGAUGAUGCUGUCAAGCACGAGGCCUGGAACCUCGCCAAUGACAGUUUGCGGACGGUGCUGUGUGUGCGGUUCAAGAGCGAGGUUGUGGCAUGUGGGGUGAUCUACGCAGCAACGAGGCGGGCUCGCAUACCACUGCCAGAGAACCCGCCCUGGUGGCUGGCGUUCGACGCGUCAAAGGAGGGCAUUGACGAGGUGUGCAGGGCGCUGGCGGAGUUGUACAGGCGGCCCAAGGCGCAGUACAUUGAGGUUGCCAAGGGCAAGGACACCAAACCGUUUGUGCUCACCACGAGAGGAUGGGAGCCGCCUCCUGAUCCCCAGCCAAGCUCUGGGGAUGAUCCAGCAGCAGAGGCGGGCAAAAGGCGAGAGUCUCCACGGAAAGUGGUCAAGCGAUCCACUAGCCCCGACAGUGACCGUGGUGUGCAGGGCCAGCCUGGCAAGCGGAGGAGAAACAUGAGAGACACAGGAGAUGGUGGGGAUCCAGACCGCACAGAGAAGGACGAGUCGGAGUCAGAUGGAGAGAAAACGUUGGUGAGCAAGAGAAGGGAGAAAGAGCUGGCACUGAAAGAGAUGAAGCUGAGGGAGCAGCUGAAGCGAGACCUGGAGAAGAAAAAGGGAGCGCAGCGGUUGGGGAUUGGGAAAGCAGGCAUGGACGGUAAGGAGAAAGAGCGGCAGCAGGAUAUGGAGGGUGGGAGGGAGAAAGAGAGGGACAGGGAGCGGGAUCGGGAGUGGGCUCGAGAGCGUGAGAGGGAGCGGGAGCGGAGGGAGCGAGAGCGUGCAAACCGGGAUGUUGAGCGUGAGAGGGACAGGAAGGAUGGGAACAGAGACAAGAGGGAGGUAGAGAGGGAUGACCGGGGUGGUGAUGGGGACCGCAAGGAUCGAGAUCGGAGAGAUAGGGACCGGGAUGGCGACAGAGAUAGGGAUGGUGACCGUGAUGUGGAGCGCGAUCGGUCGUUUCGAGAUGAAGGCCGGCGCAACCGUGAACCUUUCGGUAAGUGA